ACUUCUGCUUUCCUGGACAGAGUUCCUCCCAGAUGGACCAGUGAGUAGUUUAGUAAACAACUGGGCGAACAGAUUAGUGAAAAGGAUCUCAAGUUGGUGAAGAUAUUUCCACAAUUUAUGUUUUUGGUAUAUUGGCGUUCUUCAGUUUGAGGAUGGAGUCAUCUUGUCUGGACCUGGCUCUGGAAGGUGAGCGGCUGUGUAAGGCUGGGGAAUAUCGCGCCGGCGUGUCCUUCUUUGAGUCUGCCAUCCAGGUUGGGACCGAGGACCUUCAAAUACUUAGCGCCAUCUACAGCCAGCUGGGAAAUGCCUACUUUCACCUGCAAGAGUAUAACAAAGCCCUGGAGUACCAUCGGCAUGACCUCACACUUACUCGAACAAUUGGAGAUGAACUCGGUGAGGCGAAAGCCAGUGGUAACCUUGGGAACACGUUAAAGCUUUUAGGGCGAUAUGAUGAAGCCGUGGUUUGUUGCCAAAGACAUUUGGAUAUCACCGGAGCCAUUUAUGACAAGGUUGGGCAGGCUCGUGCGCUGUAUAAUUUCGGGAACGUCUACCACGCCAAGGGCAAGAGCAUCUGUUGGACUGGAGCGGAGCCAGGAGAGUUCCCAGAGGAGGCCAGGGUAGCCCUGAGGAAAGCUUCACAGUACUACGAAGCAAACCUAAGUCUGGUGAAGGACAUGGGUGAUCGGGCCGCUCAGGGUCGCACCCAUGGUAACCUAGGUAACACUUACUAUCUGCUGGGUGACUUUGAAACGGCAGCGGCUGCACAUGAAAAGAGGCUGCUCAUCGCUAAAGAGUUUGGGGAUAAGUCCGCUGAGAGGAGGGCCCACUGUAACCUUGGCAAUGCUCACAUUUUCCUCAGCCAGUUUGAAGUAGCCGCAGGCCAUUACAAGAGGACUCUGCAGCUGGCCAGGCUCCUGAAGGACAAAGCAGUGGAGGCCCAGGCCUGUUACAGUUUGGGAAACACCUACACACUACUGCAGGACUAUGAGAGAGCCAUUGAUUACCACCUCAAACAUCUGGUCAUUGCUCAGGACCUCAAUGACAGAGUCGGUGAAGGGCGAGCGUACUGGAGUCUAGGAAAUGCCCACACCGCCCUGGGGAACCACCAGCAAGCCAUGUAUUUUGCUGAGAAACAUCUGGAAAUUGCCCAAGAGACUGGAGACAAAAGUGCUGAGGCGACAGCCAGGAUGAACCUGUCGGACCUACGGCUGGUCGUCAGCCUGAAGUCCAACUCCAACAACCACUCCUAUAUCUUCCGUAACACCAACACUAACAGCUCUGCCCUGCCAGAAGGCCCUCUGAGCCUCCACACCCUACAAAGACUAAAUUCUCUGUCAAGGAUUGGAGACAGCGCAGAGAACCUGAGACUGAGUCCAACUCCUGAGAAAAAUCAAACUGGGGAUUCUUUUGAACAUCCGGAUAGGGAAGAGGAUGUAUUCCCUGGGUCUUCCAAAAACAACUCAAUCAAGGCGUAUACUAAGCUCUUCCUCUUCAACCGGCUAAAAAGCAAGAAGCAGAAGAACAACAAAUCCUCUCCCAAAGAGCAGCAUGAGAACCACACGGAGCCCUCGGCCCCUGAGCUGGACUCACCAGUGUCUCCUCAGCCAGGAUCGCGGGACACUAUUGGAGAGGAUGGCUUUUUCGAUCUCCUGUCUCGUUUCCAGGGCAGCAGAAUGGACGACCAAAGGUGCUCGCUACUAGAUGACCAGAGCGCUCUUCCUGCUCCUCCCUCUCCCUCCUCCACCCCACCUGUAGCUGAGAGGAAAUCUAUUUUGCAGGGCGAGACACCCUCGCAGGAUCCUGGUCAUUUCCUGGAGCUGCUGGCCAGCUCCCAGGCCCGUCGCCUGGACGACCAAAGAGUUAGCAUGAGCCAUUUUCCUGGCUUACGGCUCAGCACCUCCAACCCGCCUCUUACACCCUCCACCUUAAGCACAGAUCAAGUCCCUCUACAAGCCCCCAUCUCCAGUACAGAUGCCCCUCACACACCCUCCCUGUACAGUCGCAUCGAGGCCAGCUCUGAGCAGCCCGAGGAGGAGGAUGUCUUCUUCGACAUGCUGGUUAAGUGCCAGGGCUCACGACUGAACGACCAGCGGUGUUCUGCUCCCCCUCCCAAAACCAAAGGACCAACUGUUCCAGAUGAAGAUUUUUUCACUCUCAUUCUGCGGUCCCAAUCCAACCGGAUGGAAGAGCAGCGGGUCCUGCCCCCCCCUGGGGUCACCCAAUCCAAACCAGACUGACUCUGAGAGACAUUUUUCACCUCAAAUACAAGAUGAAGUAGCCAAGCUUCCAUUGUUUUUGUCAACAGUAUUUUUUGUAACCCCAAAUACUCUUGUUUCCUGCCUUCCUGGAUUGUCCUGACACAGUUGAGACUGCCAAGAGUAAAAGGGACGCUAUAAGGAAGAUCUCAAAAUGACACAAGAUAAGGUUUUCAAGCCUCAUGGACUUGUUUUUAGAUAAAUGAAAUCGUCUUUGGGUAAUCUGCACCCUUUUUCUGUGGUCUCCCCUUCUGCCUGUUUUAACAAGACGUCUGGCUACUCUGGAGGCUUGCAUCAAGCCACAACAGAGGGUCAUUGUGGUUCCUGUUUUUUGGACUAAAAGUACUUUACCCAAGGAUAUAAGCCAUACUGAAGAGAUUUUCUACUUUACGAUGAUGGACACGAGAUGUUAUAUGAAUCUGUCGCAGGGAAAUUGGAACAUUACAUGGCCUGUUCUGUCCAUCUGCAACUCUAUUAUCUACAAGUGGCACAUCUCGGUUUGAAUUGAUCUCAGACCUCUGCCACAAUCACCCAGGAUCAAAUGACAGACCUUCUCUGGGGAAAUAAAUGCCCACAUCUAUUUCUCUAUGACUCGUGGAACCAUUUAUAGUAUCUGCGUCUCAAUAUAGCUUGUCAGUCAGUCUGUCAGUUGGAUAUUAGAGGCCGAGAGGGUGGAGUUAUUAUUGCCAUAAACUGAAAUGGGAUUUUUAAUUGUAAUAACAUUUUAGUAGUGCGAGGGAAAAAUAGAAGUUAUAUUAGCUUUUGUAUUGAAAGCAUGGAGAAAUAAAAUCUCUAAAACAAA